AUGGCCACGAAGAAGAAGAUCGCCGUCAUGACCUCGGGAGGUGACUCCCCUGGCAUGAACGGCGUCGUCCGUGCUGUGGUCCGCAUGGCCAUCCACCUGGGCUGCGAUGCCUACUGCGUGUACGACGGAUACGAGGGCCUUGUCCAGGGCGGCGACAGCAUCAGAAAGGCCGAAUGGCGGGACGUCCGCAAUUGGCUCUCCCAGGGCGGCACCCUGAUCGGCACCCAGCGUUGCAUGGCCUUUUUCGAGCGCAAGGGUCGCCUCACCGCCGCCAAGAACAUGAUCCUCAGCGGCAUUGACGCCAUCAUCAUCUGCGGCGGUGAUGGUUCGCUGACCGGCGCCGACAAGUUCCGCGCCGAGUGGCCCUCCCUCCUCGAGGAGCUCGUGUCCACCGGCCAGCUCAAGCCCGAGCAGGUCGAGAAGCACAAGCACCUCAACAUUGUCGGUCUUGUCGGAUCCAUCGACAACGACAUGUCCGGCACGGAUGCCACCAUUGGCUGCUACUCUGCCCUCGAGCGCAUCUGCGAGAUGGUGGACUAUAUCGAGGCCACUGCCUCGUCCCACGCACGCGCCUUUGUCAUCGAGGUCAUGGGUCGCCAUUGCGGCUGGUUGGCCCUCAUGGCUGGCGUUGCCACGGGAGCCGAUUUCAUCUUCAUCCCGGAAAAGCCUAGAGACGACCACUGGGAGGAAGACAUGAGUGCCAUUGUGAAGAGACACCGCGCUCUGGGCAAGCGCAAGACCAUUGUCAUCAUUGCCGAGGGCGCUCACGACAGGCACGGCAACAAGAUUACUUCGGAAAUGGUCAAGAACAUCCUGGCGAACAAGGACGGCCUUGCUCUCGACACCCGCAUCACUACACUAGGUCACGUCCAGCGCGGCGGCACCGCCGUGGCGUACGACAGGAUGCUCGGCACCCUCCAGGGUGUCGAGGCCGUCAAGGCUGUCCUCGAAGCAACGCCCGAGACGGAGACGUGCUUCAUCGCCAUCACAGAAAACCAGAUUACACGAAGACCCCUUAUGAAGGCUGUGCAAGACACCAAGCAAGUCGCCAAGGCAGUUGAUGCCAAGGACUUCGAAACGGCCAUGGGCCUUCGCGAUACCGAGUUUGCCGAGAUGUUCACUUCGUACAUGAUGACUACCAAUGUCAGGGUGGACGACGCUCUACUGGAUUCUAGCCAGAGGAUGAAGAUUGGAUUCAUCAACGUCGGUGCCCCUGCCGGCGGCAUGAACGCCGCAGUCCGCGCCGGCGUGGCCUACUGUAUCUCGCGGGGCCACGAACCCAUCGCCAUUCACAACGGUUUUGCCGGCUUCACCAGGCACCACGACGACCAGCCUGUCGGCUCAGUGCGACCUUUCGACUGGCUCGAGGUGGACGCCUGGGCGAGCCGGGGAGGUUCAGAGAUCGGAACCAACCGCGAACUGCCCGAGGAAUCAGGCAUGGAGCUGGUCGCCAACCUCAUCGAGCAGUACCAGUUCGAUGCCCUUUUCCUGAUCGGUGGUUUUGAGGCGUUCCAUGCCGUUUCGCAGUUGCGCAAGGCGAGGGAUCAGUACCCGUCGCUCUGCAUUCCCAUGUGCCUAUUGCCGGCCACCAUAUCGAACAACGUGCCGGGCUCGGAAUACUCGCUCGGUUCCGAUACUUGCCUGAAUGAGUUGGUCAACUACUGUGACAAGAUCAAGCAGUCGGCGUCGGCUACGCGCCGGCGAGUCUUUGUCGUUGAGACACAGGGCGGCAAGUCAGGCUACAUCGCGACGCUCGCAGGCCUCAGCGUGGGAGCGAGUGCCGUGUACACACCUGAGGAAGGGCUCGACCUUGAGACGCUCGCAUCCGACGUGCGCCACCUGCGUGAAGUAUUUGCCCACGAUCGGGGCAUGACCUCCUCAGGACGUCUCAUCCUCGUCAACGAGAAGGCAGACUCGGUGUUCAACGCCAAGCUCAUCGCGGACAUUAUCCGCAAGGAGGCCCGGGGCCGUUUCGAAUCGCGCGACAGUAUCCCCGGCCACGUGCAACAGGGCGGCGUGCCGUCGCCGAUGGACAGGUGCCGCGCGGUGCGUCUGGCGAUCAAGUGCAUGCAGCAUCUCGAGGAGUUCCGACCCAAAUCGCAUAACAGGUGCAAGAAGGACCCGAUGAGCGCGAGCGUUAUUGGCAUCAAGGGCGCACAGGUAACCUUUACGCCAAUGCAGGAGCUCGAGGAGCAGGACGCGGACUGGAAGAACCGCAGGCCCAAGGCGACGCACUGGGCGCACAUGAAGAACGUCGUGGACAUUCUUGGCGGGCGCCCUCGACAUACGCAGGGCGAGCAGCCUCUCGAGGGCCUCAUGGCGAAGGAUGUGAAGCGCGGUUUGGCGUAUGCCUGA